UCCACAAUUUCGAUGGAUCACAAAGGCUGAAACCGAAGGUGAAGCCAAAGCUUCCAUUUUAUCUUCCAAUUGCUUUCCCAAUUCUCCUCUUUCUGCUGUCUUCUUUCUGUGUCUCUGCAAAUUCUUGUAACCAAAAAGGUAAAUUUUUAAGCCAUUCACCGUUUUCUUAGAUUCUUUCUAUCAGAAGAGAAGAAAAGGGGGCAAAAAACAGCCUUGCAAUGGCGACAAAUGUUGCUAUUUUUGGUAACCCAUUUCCAAGAGAAUUGCUCCCACGCCGCAAUGGUGCCCACUCUCUCUCUAGGGUUUAAGUUUUCCUUUUAUGGGGCAGAAUUCUCUCUCUCACAUCACUAUCUCUAUCUCUAAUUCUUGGAAUUCUGUGCGCUGCUUCCUUCGAUAAGCUUCGCGGUUUCUGCUAACUCAUACCGUUGGCUGCUUUCGUGAGUGAUUUGCGGUCGCAUCCGUCAUCUUUUGAACACUCUGUUAUUGUAUUAGAGAACCCUUUUCCUGGAAUUUUGCUGAUUUGGGGAUAAGGUGUUUGUGCGGUGGAAGUCUGGUUCCUUCGAUUUAUGGCCUUUUCUGUCUCUCUUUUUUGUUGUGUUUGGGGGAAUCUUUACAAAAGUGUAGUUUUGUAGUUUUGUAAUUGUAUUGCAGAUUUCUUGGUCGGUGCGUGCGGUUAAUUUGGGGGGGUGUGAGAAGUUGCAGCAGGGGAUAUAAUAAUGGAUGGUUUUCUGAACUGUGUAAUGGCGGAGAAAGAUAGUAAGCUUAGGAGUAUUAGUUUCGGGCGCUGUCGCUGGAUGGAAUUCUAGCAUCAAUCGCCAUUUGAUUUAGUUCAAUAUGGAAAACCCCUUUUCGUCUAAGGAACAAGGGAUGGGGUAUUGGGGGCCUUCGAGAACUCAGCCCGAAACUCUGGCUUCUUCUGACGCUGGGAUGAGGAUUAUGAGUCCUGAAGAUGUGCUUCACGGCUUCUCAGAGCUGAUGAAUUCUGAUUCAUACGCAGGAUGGGGCAGUAACUAUGCAACAAUUGAUCAGAUCUUCACGUCUUGUGGCUUUUCGUCGAUCACACCGAUGGGUACUAGCACUUCUUUGGAGUGUUCGACUUUCCCAGAAGGGAAUUAUGGAACAUUCCCUCUGAAUGAAAUUAGUGGAGCUUCCAUUUCCAUGGUAAACUCUUUCAAUUAUGGAGACAAGACAAUGUUUCAGCGGCCAGAUACUGAAUUUGGGGUGUCUGAUGUUUCGGACAAUGCAAAUGAAGCAGGUUCGAAAUCAAAUGAUGUCCUCCCAGACAUGGAUAGUUGUUUGAUCUCUAGGCCACUUGGUUGGUCACUUGAUGAUAGGAUGCUCAGGGCACUGUCCUUGUUUAAAGAGUCUUCACCUGGAGGAAUUUUGGCUCAAGUCUGGGUGCCUGUGAAGCAUGGAAACCAAUUCUUCUUGAGCACAAGCGAUCAGCCAUAUCUGCUUGAUCAAAUGCUCACAGGGUACCGGGAAGUGUCGAGGUCGUUCAAAUUCUCUGCAGAAGGAAAACCGGGUUCUUUCCUUGGGCUUCCUGGUCGUGUUUUUAUCUCCAAAAUUCCGGAAUGGACAUCAAAUGUUAGAUAUUACAGCGACAAUGAGUAUCUGCGAAUGAAACAUGCAAUCGGUCAUGAGGUAUAUGGAUCGGUUGCCUUACCAAUAACGAAUAAUGAACUUGAAGGGUCAUGUUGUGCCGUUCUUGAAGUUGUUACUACAAGGGAGAAGCCCAAUUUUGAUGCAGAGAUCGACAUGGUUUCCCGAGCUCUACAGACUGUUAGCUUGAGCACUAUCGCACCUCCACGACUCUAUCCUCAGUGUUUGAAGAAGAACCAGAGAUCUGCAUUAGCAGAGAUAACAGAUGUGCUACGUGCUGUAUGUCAUGCACAUAGUCUGCCUAUGGCCCUAACCUGGAUUCCUUGCUGUUAUACUUUGGAAGCUGUCGAUGAGGCUGAAAGGGUUCGUGUGAAGGAGAACAACAUUUACCCAAAGGAGAAAUCUGUAUUAUGUAUUGAGGAAACGGCAUGUUAUGUUAAUGACAAAGCAACUCAAGGUUUUGUGCAUGCAUGUGUGGAACAUCAUCUUGAGGAAGGGCAAGGGAUAGCUGGGAAAGCUCUUAAAUCCAAUCAUCCCUUCUUUUAUCCUGACGUGAAGACAUAUGAUAUUAAUGAGUAUCCACUGGUCCAUCAUGCUCGCAAGUUCUGUUUGAAUGCUGCGGUUGCAAUCAGGUUGAGAAGUACGUACACUGGUAAUGAUGAUUAUAUACUAGAAUUCUUUUUACCUGUCAAUAUGAAAGGGAGCUCAGAACAGCAACUUUUGUUAAACAAUCUCUCUGGUACCAUGCAAAGAAUGUGUCGGAGUUUGAGGACAGUUUCGAAGGAAGAAUUAGUAGGGGCCGAGGAACCUAUUACUGGAUUUCAGAGUGGAUCAAUUGGAAAGUCUGCAACUACUUCUAGGAGAAACUCACAACCCACGGUAACAGACAGUGAAACAAGAGUAUCUAACUCAAUAGAUGGUGGAACUGAAGUGGAAUGUCCUAAGAAGCAGAUAACUAAUGGAUCACGGAAGCCUGGAGAGAAAAAACGUGCCACAGCUGAGAAAAACGUGAGCUUGAGUGUUCUUCAGCAAUACUUUUCUGGGAGUCUCAAGGAUGCAGCAAAGAGCAUUGGUGUUUGCCCAACAACCUUGAAAAGAAUAUGCAGGCAGCAUGGGAUUUUGAGGUGGCCAUCCCGAAAAAUAAACAAAGUAAAUCGUUCGUUAAGGAAAAUACAGACAGUUCUCGAUUCUGUCAAGGGGGUGGAGGGUGGAUUGAAGUUUGAUCCAACCACAGGUGGUCUUAUGGCAGCCGGCUCUCUUAUUCCAGAACUCAAUGGACACAAUAAUCUUCUCUUCUCUGAUAAUAACCCAUCUAUAAGAAAUCUCGAGCCAUUCCUUCAGGAUGUAAGUUCUGUACCUUCUGCAACUUUCAGUAGUCAGAAUUCCACCAUGAAAUUGGAAAUGGACGAGUCUGCUGUCGCUAUAUCCCAAAGAAUGUCUUCGAGAAAUGUUAUGGUCCCAGAAGAGGAACCUAAUGUUUGUCAGCUUGAUUGUAGCGAAGGUUCAAAAUCCAUUGGGAUAGAUGCUGCAUCAUGCCAGCUUGCUGGCUUGGAUAUGAUGACUUGGGAUGUCUCAGGGAAUGUCCCAGGUUCCAUUGUUGCUAAAAAAAUUAAGAGAUUGGAUUUUUCAGAGAAUGAUUUUAGAUCAAGUGGUGCUGACUGUCCAUUUUUGGCCAAGAGUUCAAGCUCUUUUGCAGCUGUUGAUGAAGUGUGUACCGUGUUGCAAGGGGACGAUGGAAUCACUGAACAUUACCAGCCUGCUACUUCGAGCAUGACGGACUCAUCGAACGGCUCUGGCUUAUUGAUGCAUGGAAGUUCAUCCAGCUGUCAAAGCAUCGAGGAGGGGAAGCAUUUGCAAGAAAAAAUUAGCUCUGUUGACAGUGAUUCCAAGAUUAUUGUAAAAGCUUCAUACAAAGAAGACACGGUUCGAUUCAAAUUUGAUCCUUCUUUAGGAUAUCUCCUGCUCUAUGAAGAAGUUGGAAAGAGAUUCAAGUUAAACCAGGGGACAUUCCAGCUCAAAUAUCUAGACGAUGAAAAAGAAUGGGUAAUGUUAGUAAGCAAUUCAGACUUGCAAGAAUGUCUUGAGGUAAUGGAUGAAAUCGGCACCAAAAAUGUGAAGUUUCUCGUUCGAGAUGUCGCGUGUUCCGUGGGCAGUUCUGGCAGCAAUAGUUGCUUCCUGUCUGGAGGUUCAUGACAAAGGUUGGAUGUCUCAGCCAAAGAUAAAAACUCAAUCAUGUGUCAACAGYAUUCUCUUCGACAUGUCACUAGAAAUGUUACAGCUCGAAGCCAGUACACAAUACAUCCUUUCCCUUCCACACUUCUUGAUCUCUUCUCUGUUUUCAAGCUUCAAUUGAAAGCACACCAAUAUUUGGGUCGGGUUGGAUCGAGGUGCAGCUCAACGUCGCGUUGAGUUCGAAGUAUGGUUGUGUUAUCUUAUGCCAGGGGAUCAGGAAAUGCAGGAAGGGGAAGUAAGUUUACUUUCUAUAUAUGUUGAAUAGGUUUGUAAAUGAUAAAUUAGGAGAGUAGUAAGUUGUUUGAUUUAGUGGGGAAUGAAAGCAUAUUCUGUUUGAGAAUGCCAAGUUCCUAUACCCUGUAAUCAUAUUUACAUUAGCCAAGAGGUUAUAGAAAUUACUUUAUAUUCAAUAUUAUUAUUUUCUCGCUGUAAUAUAAGUUUUAAAGGAAGUCUGUUAUUGGUAGCUGUGGGAUGAUAUCUCGGCCAAGAAUGUCAAUUUUGGAAAACACGUAAUAUGCAGUGUUGUUAAGACUAUCUUUUGAAUGUUAGACACUGUGUUUAUGUCA